AUGGAGAAGGAGCUUCUCGUCGACCACCCGGUCGAGCUGCCCGCGCGCCGGCCCCGCCCACGGAGUCGCAUCUCCAAGUUCCUCGUCGGCGCGGGCGUUGCCGCCGUCGUGCUGCUCGCCACCGUCAACUCCAAGCUCCCCUUCGCACCGCAUCUCUGCCGAGGCCGCCACGGAAAGGACUCGCCCUUCGGCAGGUUCCCCCGCCCCGACGACCCUUUCCACUUCAUUCCAUGCACCGACAGGACUACGCCGCCGGCUCUUGAGGACCCCGACCCUCUUCGCAGCUGGGUGAGGCUGUUCGACCCAGAUCCCACCAACUGGAACUGGGGCAAUGCCUCCGCGGCCGACCACGAGGGGGGCCACCACCAUCCCCAUACCCCCUUCUCCGGGCGCGGCAUUUACCUCUGUGGCUAUCUCGACGUCCCUCUUGACUACUCAAACAAGUCCGAUGAACGCAUCGCCCGUCUCGCCGUCACCAAGUUCCAGGUGUCUGGGCUGGUCCCUCACGGGCGCCACCGCCGUGGCCGACAUGGCGGCCACCACAAGGGUGGCAAGAAGAGCGAGCGAACUUUGGUCAUUGAGCCCGGCGGCCCCGGCGGCAGCGGCACCUCCAUGGCCUGGCGAUUGUCCGAGGAAAUCACGAAGCGCCUGAGUGACGGCCAGUACGACGUUCUCGGCUGGGACCCCCGCGGCGUCAACGCCUCUUUACCGGCCAUCUCCUGUUUCCCCUUUGACGCCGAUCGCGAUCACUGGGCCCUGCGCUCCAACCAGUACCGCGAGACCUCGCCUUCUCCCCGAGCGCAGCUCGAGUUUGUAGAUGCCAUGAGCGACUCCGUCUUCAGCGCCUGCUAUAAGCAGCACGGGGACAUUCCACGCUUCAUGACCACCGCAAUUGUGGCGCGCGACCUUGAAGAGAUUCGCAAGGCUCUCGCCGAGGAUGAGCUGACAGGCUACCUCGUCAGCUACGGGACGGGCAUCGGGCAGACGUACGCCAGCAUGUUUCCCAAUAGUGUCGGCAGGAUGAUUCUCGACGGAACCGAGUACGUCAGAGACCAUCGCUUGGUCGGCGGGUUUGGAUGGACGGCGCUGGAUAACGGAACCAAUGCCUGGCACGAUGGCUUCCUCGGCGAGUGCCUCAACGCCGGUCCCAAGCACUGCGCUCUCGCGAAGCAAGUCAGCGCAGAGUCCGUCACGCUCAAGUCCUUGGAGAAACGCAUGCACUCCCUCAUCAGCUCCCUCAUCGCGCGCCCUCUUCCCGGAUAUACCGACUUUAGUGGCCCGUCGCUCAUCACCUACUCGAGUCUUGUUGGUGCCCUGUACGGCUCCAUGUACAACGCCAAGAGCUGGCCGGCGCUCGCGCAAAUGCUCUUUGAGCUCGAGGCGGGCAACGCAACCCUCGCCGCCGCCAUGCUCGAGCGUGUCGCAUGGGGAUACGACCCCACGCUGCCGUCACCCCCGAACAAGCGUCCGAGCUCUGAGGAGCUCGGCACGCUGGUGAUUUGCGCCGACUCGUACGACGCCAAGGAGCCGGAGGGCGGCAUGGACUGGUGGGAGGGCCUGUGGCAGAACAUGACGGAGCGUUCGUGGAUCGCGGGCAACUCGCGCUUUUCCAACGUGUUUCCCUGUCGUCACUUUACCAAGUACUGGCCAGAGCCUGCCGAAGUGUAUCGAGGCGAUCUGAACCACACGCUCAAGCACCCCGUGCUCCUCAUUGCCGAGACGUACGAUCCGGCGACGCCGCUGCGCAACGGAAGAAGGCUCCUCAAUGAGAUGGGUAAGAACGCUAGGCUCAUUGCCCACCACGGCUACGGCCACUCGUCGCGCGACACGUCCAACUGCACCGACUCCAUUGCCAAGAAGUUUAUCCUCGAGGGCGUCGUGCCCGACGAGCAGGAGACGGCCUGCUACGCGAACGAGAAGCCGUAUCUGUACGGCGUCAAGAAUGGGGAUAUGACGGUGACAGAGCAUAAGACGCAGAGCCCGCUCGAGAUUUGGGAGGAGCACUUGGCGGAGCUGGCGCUGGUCAACCCUCGGCUUCUCCCGAGGCGCAUGUAA